AAAAUAUAUGAGAAAGCUACGGAAAAAAAAAGCAAAGAAAAAAACACAUCACGAGAUAUUUUGUGAUGUAAGCAACCACAUACACCACUCCCUUCUUCUCCUCUCCAUUGUUUUGUCUUUUCCUUUCCCAAUAAUUCUCUUCUUAUUUUAUUAGCUAUUUUAUAUUUCCUAACUUUUUUAUAAUACCAUUAUUGUUUCUCGUCUUGAUUUUUUUUUAAAUUUUAGUCUCUUUUGAUCCUCUCUAUAUAUACAAAUACAAAAUCACCACUUUCUACUAAAAUAGCUCUCUACGUUUCUUUUCUCUCUCUGAUUGCAACUAUGAUGCAAGAAUUGGGCUUAGAACGUUUCUCCAACGAUGUCUUUCCCUUAGACCUCACUCCUCCUUCUCAAACCUCAUCUACUUCUCUUUCCAUCGACGAAGAGGAAUCUUCGGAGGCCAAGAUCCGGCGGCUGAUAUCGGAGCAUCCAGUGAUCAUCUUCAGCAGAUCUUCUUGUUGCAUGUGCCACGUCAUGAAAAGCCUCCUUUCAACAAUCGGAGUCGUCCCCACCGUCAUCGAGCUUGAUGACCACGAGGUUUCCUCUCUCCCCAUGGCUCUUGAAGAAGAAUAUUCCGGCGGCCGCUCCGUCGUUGUUCCUCCGCCGGCGGUUUUCAUUGGCCGUGAGUAUGUCGGUGGUCUUGAGUCCCUUGUUGCUCUUCAUCUAAGUAGUCACUUGGUCCCUAAGCUUGUCCAAGUUGGAGCUCUUUGGUUAUGACUUGCUUUUUAAUAGUAUCAAAAAGCAGAAACUUAGGGUUUUUUUCUGAUUAUUAUCCGAUGAUCAGAACCAAACACCCAUGUAUAAAAUGAAUUAUGAGAAAUAAUAAUUAAAGAUGUGUAAGUAGUGAAUUUUAUGUAAUUUUGCUUUCUCAUUUUCUCUAUCACUUGCUAAAGUAUAUACAUAAAUCAUCAAACUUAUUUAUGAA